AUGAAUCGUGGUGGAUUUGGAUACAACAGAGGAGGUUUCAAUAGGGGAACUUUCGGUCGUAAUCGUGGAGGUUUUGGAGGUAGGGGUUUUGGGCCGAAUCGUGGUGGUGGUGGGAGACAGGGAGAAGGAGGAGGCCAAAUGGAUCUCAGAUCAAAUUCAUGGAAGCGCAAGGAGGUAACACCAGUUGGGGAAGAGAAGUUAAAGCCAGUUGAAGAAGGGGCUGCGGGGGAAGAUCGGCAGAAGCAAAGUCAAGACUCAGAUCUGUCCAACUGGGAGAAGAGUCAAGAGAUGCCACCAGAGAAGCAGAGUUCAUGGGGCUUGCAAGGGGCAAUUGCAACUGGUGAGGGGGAUCAGAAAGAAAUAGUGAAUGCUAAACAGAUAGAACAUGAGUUCAUGAACCUGAUUGGAGCAGCUUCAUGGAGGUGGAUUGCUAGGCCUGUAGGAGAAGUGGGUGCUAAAGGAGUUCUACAGACAGCUUGGUUUAGAGUUAGGAAAAUUCCAGCUGAUCAGAGAUCUAUUCUAACCCUUGCUAAAGUAGGAGGGCUAGUUGGAAAAGUCAUGGAAAUAGAUGAGGAAUCUCGAUUCAGAUAUGAUUAUGUCAGACUGAAGAUUGCUUGUAGAGAUAUUUCCAAAGUUCCAAAAACUGCAGAAGGAACUCUAGGUCUGUAUAUUAUUGACUUUGAAUUUGAAAGAGAGAUCCCUGAUGGAAAAGGUGAGAGGAUGCUGAGAAAUGGUAUUAAAGUUGGGGAGGAUGCUCAACCUCCACAAAAAACCCAAAAGUGA